AUGAUUAAUGAUUUACACCCUCACAUCAGAGCCAUAUAUAUAUCGCAGGAUCCAGAGCUCAUUCAGUCAGUAGUCAUCCACAGCAGGUAUUCAGACAAUCAACAACUACUAUGUGCUAACCAACAUGCAGAGUUUACAUCUAGUUUUGGUCGUUGUAAUGCUGACAGCGCAUACUAAAAGUAUGACCAUUCUCUUCUUUACGUCAGAGAUUGCUUUCAGUGCAGCGUUUUCUUCCUGGAUUUCACACCUCUUCUGAAACCUCAAGUUUUGUCAGAAUCAUUUAAAGAGGUCGCUGCUGCUUGUAAUAAAGAACAUGGAUUUACUGGUGACAUCGAAGUGUUAAAUUUUAAUUCUCCUGACGUUCCAAAAGAAGCCAAACUUAAGUCAGAUGGCUCUAUUGACAAAGAAAUGGAAAAGAAGGUCAUCGAUGAACUGAUCAAAGACGAUGGAUUGAAGAAGAAGUACAUGAAGGCUGUCGAGGAAUGCGAUAUGACAGCUAAGGCAGACAAAUGUGAAACAACUUACGAGUACCUGAAGUGCUUGGAUGUUAAGGUUUUGUCAGAAACAUUUAAAGAAGUCGCCUCUGUUUGUAAUAAAGAAAAUGGGUUUACUGGCGACAUCGAAGAGUUAAAUUUUAAUUCUCCUGAUGUUUCAAGAGAAGCCAAAUGUGCUGUGGCUUGCUCAUUUGAAAAAAAGGGUGUGCUCAAGUCAGAUGGCACUAUUGACAAAGAAGUGGAAAAGAAGGUCAUCGAUGAACUGAUCAAAGACGAUGGACUGAAGAAGAAGUACAUGAAGGCAAUCGAGGAAUGCGAUAUAUCCGCUAAGGCUGACAAAUGUGAAACAACUUACGAGUACCUGAAGUGCUUAGAUGUUAAGGUAAGAUGA